CCGUGGCAUUCCCAUUUGCUAGUGCGCUGCUGCGGCCGCACGCCUGAUUGAUAUAUGACUGCAAUGGCACUUUUCCAUUUGACAUUCUCUCUCUCUCUCUCCCUCUCCCUCUCCCUCUCUCUCUCCCUGUGUCGCUUAAACAACAGUCCUAACUUUUGUGUGUUGCAAAUAUAAAAGGCAAGCCAUGUGACAGAGGGACAGAAGAACAAAAGCAUUUGGAAGUAACAGGACCUCUUUCUAGCUCUCAGAAAAGUCUGAGAAGAAAGGAGCCCUACGUUUCCCCUAAGCUGCGCAGCAGAUACGGCGAUGAUGGACUGCAAGGGGAAAGAGUAAGACCAAACUCCGGCAUACAAAGGACCAUGACCGCCAGAAAGCUUUGGCCAGAUCCUGCCCUUUGCUGGGAAGGAACUGGAUCCUAGGAGGCGAAGGCGUUUCCAAUUUUUAGUCCUCUGCCUCCCUCUGCUGUUCCUUCUGAGAAGCUUUCCUUCCAACAAUGAGAAAUCAUGUACUCGCUGCAUCCUUUUCUAUGUUCUCCCUGCUGGCGCUGAUGGGAGAUACAGACUGCAAAACAGACAGCUCGUUCAUGAUCGACUCGGACCCUCUGCGCUGCAUGAGGCACCACUAUGUCGAUUCUAUCAGUCACCCAUCGUACAAGUGUAGCUCAAAGAUGGUGCUCCUGGCCAGGUGCGAGGGCCACUGCAGCCAGGCGUCGCGCUCCGAGCCCCUGGUAUCCUUCAGCGCCAUCCUUAAGCAGCCCUUCCGCUCCUCCUGUCACUGCUGCCGGCCCCAGACCUCCAAGCUGAAAGCAGUGCGGCUGCGCUGUUCCGGGGGCAUGAGAAUCACGGCCACCUACCGGUACAUUCUCUCCUGUAACUGUGAGGAGUGCGGCUCCUGAGACCUGCCGCCCAGGGGCUUCCGGAUGGGACGACCUUGUCCCCCGCCGAGGCAGUUCGACCAGCCAGGGAGAAGGACUGGCGAGACCAGAGUUAAGGAGGAGAAAGAAAAAAGAAAAAAAAAAAAAGAUGCAGCAAUUCCCACGGGAUUCUGCAUAUUCUAGUAAUAAAGACUUUCCAUGCUCGUUGACAGAGAGACAGAGAGAGAGAGAUGCUCUGCGACCUUGGUUCCCAUCCCCGUCUCCUUUCCCUGGUACAAUCUCUUUUGGUUCCUUUUCAGAUUCAGGCAUCUUCCACACACCGCCCCCCCCCCCCGCCCCCUUGUCGCUGAAUGUGGUUUGGGUUUCCAGCGCGUCAGCGUCCGUGGGGAACGUGGGUCCCCAUGCAAGCGUGGGUCCGGCUGUCACUGUUUGGUGCGCUGGGGAAGCCUUCGCUUUGGAACGCAGGAAAGCCCCGCUCCUUCCGCGCCGCCGUCUGGCUUUGUUUCCCCCUGGGUUUUAUCUUGUCAUCUGGUCUCAGGUUGCUGUCCCCACGAAAGGUUACCAACGUCACAUUGCGGGCCCCGAGCGUGCGGGUGCGUAGAGCCAGGCUCAUUCGCAGCCCGCUGACCGACAUUAAAAUGACUAACAGUUGGAUUCUCCUACGUGACGCUGAAGCCCCUGCGAGCGGUAAUUAUUAUUCUGAAAUGGCUUUUGGGAAGUAAAGGUGGCAUAAGGAAUUGGUCACCCAAAGGCUCUUGCAGAUAAAUUAUGGUAAAACUGUGUAAGGGAGCCGAUGUCUAAAGAGCUGCACAGAUGCGGAUCCUGCACUGACUUUGACAAAGGCAUAUAAGUACUAGUGGCAUGGAGAACCCACUAUAUGCAUGCAUGCAAAUUAGACAACCAAGUAUGAAUGUCUCUGUAGGUGCGCUACAGCUUUAGCCAUGUUGUGGCCAUCGUUCUCUCCCAUCCACUUGUCCACAUCAAGCCUGCUGCCCCAAUGGCGGCCUGACUCAUCCUCUGAACAUUUGGCUCAACUAUCUUUUGAUCCUUGAGACUCAAAAUUUGAGUCAUUCCCAUGUUGUGAAAUAAAAAGACAGUAUCUUCAAACUUU